UUGAUCAACUUAAUAUUUUUUAUUCGAUAACAUUUUUACAUCUGGUAUGGACAAAAUCUUAGCUUUCGGGGAAAUGGUUUAAUUAAAUUUUAAGUGAACAUUAAAUGAAGAUUUCUAUGAAUUUUUUCACAGGUUUGCCAAAGAGAAAAUUACAUCGCUCGGAGGUUAGUUUUACAAAUGUACAAGGAAGGGGGAUAACACAGAAGAAGAAGAUUUCAUUGUCGAAAAGACGAAGAGGAUGUGGAGGAAAGGACGAUGGCACUUGUGGGUCAGUUUGUAGAACGGGUGACGACCGUCAUCGUUAAGCCCUUCGCUUUCCACUCCGUCUCUACGCACUGCCGUGAGUCGCGGUUACCUUCUCGUAAGGUCUGACUCCCGUCUGUAAAUCAGUGGUCUGGUCGAUGGUCAUUCGACAACACGCUUUUCACUGAAACUCUACGUGAGGAACCUGACAACACGAUGCCCGCCCCAUAGCCGAGUCGUUUUCGAACGAACCGAAUAUUCGGGAGGGUGUGACCCGGCCCUGUGCCUAAUACACACUGUCACUUCAUUCUGCAAGUGGUUGCCGAGUUUUCUUUCUACCACACGUUCAAUAAAUCAUCCACCCAAGAUCGAUUUAUUCCCUGCCUUUUUAACUUUUUAAACGUUCUUUUCUAAUUUUUUUACAAUGGAAUAUCAGUCGUUAGACGCCUGUGUAGAGACUUGGGAAGAAUUGGGCAAGGAGUUCAAAGCACUAGAGGCAUUUAACAAAGAAUAUUUAGAAAAGAUGGAGCAACUUUGUGAAAUGCAAUCAAGAUGUUCCAAAGAAAUUGGACAUCAUCAUUAUCAAAUGGGACGCAUCAAGAAAUCGAUUAAAAAUUUUAAUAUCAGAGAGCCAGAAGAAAAAGAAAAAAUAAAGAGAAUGCAGCAUGAAUUCGAAAUUCGAGAGCAAAAUCUAAACGAAAUAGCGCAAACACUACCCAAACCAAACGGAAUGUACCUCAAAAUAAUAUUAGGGAAUGUUAAUGUUUCUAUACUGAAUAAAAAUGACAAGUUCAAGUAUAAAGAUGAAUAUGAAAAGUUCAAACUUGUUUUAAGUGUCAUAGGCUUUUUAUUAUCUGUUAUCAACCUUUGCACCAACGUAAGGGCUCUUGAACUUUCGUUUUUAUUUUUAUUAGUUUGGUAUUAUUGCACAUUGACAAUUCGGGAAAGUAUAUUAAAAGUGAAUGGUUCAAAAAUUAAAGGUUGGUGGAGAUUACACCAUUUUAUAUCAACAGUUGCUUCGGCAGUGUUACUAGUAUGGCCCCAAUCACCAUCUUGGUACAUAUUCAGGCCUCAGUUUAUGGUGUUUAAUGUUUAUAUUAGUAUAGUCCAGUACCUUCAGUUUAGGUAUCAGCAAGGUGUGCUUUAUAGAUUGAAAGCACUUGGCGAAAGACACAACAUGGACAUAACUAUAGAAGGAUUUCAUUCUUGGAUGUGGAGGGGUCUUGGAUUUUUGUUGCCUUUCCUAUUUUUGGGCUAUCUGUUCCAGCUUUACAACGCUUGGGUGUUGUUCCAACUGACAUAUGAAGUUGAUUCCCCAUGGCAGGUUUCUGUACUGGCAAUGCUCUUUUUUAUAUUAUUUAUGGGCAAUAUGAUCACUACAUCAAGUGUUAUACCACAGAAAAUAAAGGAAAAUAGAAAAAGAAAAGAAGAAAACAAGGCUGAGCAUAAAAACAACAGGGGUGAAAAUCACAAAACAAAUUAGAGACCGUGUUGUUGACAAACACAAAACGAAUAAAAUAUUACUUUAUUUAUGAAUAAAAAACAAUGUAAAUAAAGGAGAUUGGCUUAUGGAAUAAACAAUCCUUAUUUUCCUAUAA